CAGCAUGCAAAUGUUGCAGAUAGGUGAGAGAUGAGGGAGGGGUGGAUAUUUUUGGAUAUUUCUUUUAGAACAGUAGCCUACCUGUCACAGACAAACUUGUUACUGUAAAGGGAAGGACUUUACAGAUACUGAGAAGUUUUGUUGGCGGGUCUAGUUCCCUAUCUUAUUGGUCUUAUCAGACAGAGCGUUAUGGUAUCUGAACAACACUUAAGAUGUAGGCCGUCAUCGUAAAUAACAAUUUGUUCUUAACUGACUUGCCUAGUUAAAUAGAGGUUACAUUUAAAUAAAAAAGAUAACGAGACAUUGUUCUUAGAAUGGAGCUGUUAUCUUGAGAGUUCAUCAAUUGCAUGGAAUUAUUGGAGUAAUGUAUAGGACACGUUGUUUUACCCUUGCCGAUAUUCUUCUGCGAUAGUGAGAUAGACAGGAUUGUAGUUCUCCAUAUAUGUUUAUAGAGAUACAUGUAGUAUGGACGUAGAUCCAGUACGGUUGGAGUCCAGUCUAUGGGUCGGUAAGAAACGUUACCGGGCAGCACUUACUGGCUGGCACCUCAACUGGACUGAGCUUGAUAAGAAGAACCGCGAUAAGAAGACCGUUUCAGUACCAGUAUCUGAGGUUAUUGGUGUGGAGGAAGGGCGUGUGCAGGUUCUACCCCAGAGGUCAGUAGCUGAAGACACAGACAGAGAAUUCACAGUGUUCUAUGUGAAACGCAGCAGCAGCGGUAGUCCCUAUGGGUUGUUAUGGCGCCUGGGCAGGACCCAGUUCUGCUGUCCCAGUAGGGACCUCAGAGACCAGUGGAUGACCCAGCUGAGGAUUGCCCUCAAAACACACAGCCCCUCUCGUCCUCACAGGCUGUUGGUGUUCAUCAACCCGUUUGGAGGAAAGAAACAAGGGAGGCAGAUCUAUCACUCUCUAGUGGCCCCACUGUUUGAGCUGGCAGGUAUCAGCUCUCAUGUUGUAGUGACAGAACGCGCCAACCAGGCGAGAGACCACAUACUGAAGAAAGACCUGACUGGUUUCGAUGGUGUGGUGUGUGUGGGCGGGGACGGAAUUUUCAGUGAGCUGCUGCACGGUGUUAUUGGCCGAACACAGCAGGAGGCAGGGCUAUCGGAGCAUGACCCCUCCGUAACGCUACAGUCAUGUGAUCUUCACAUUGGCAUCAUUCCUGCAGGCUCUACAGACUGUGUGUGUUUCGCCACUGUGGGAGUCAACGACCCAGUGACCUCUGCUCUGCACAUUAUCAUUGGAGACUCUCAGCCUCUGGAUGUGUGUUCUGUCCACCAUUGCUCGUCUCUGGUGCGUUACUCUGUGUCUCUGGUGGGGUACGGGUUCUAUGGUGACGUGCUGACUGAGAGCGAGAGACACCGCUGGAUGGGGCCUCUCAGAUAUGACUACUCAGGUGCUAUGGUGUACCUAAGUAACAGGAGCUAUGCAGGCGUAAUUCAGUACCUACCAGCAGACUCCCAGCUCUCCAGCCCCAGGGACAAUACACGCUGCCUCUCUGGGUGCAGUGUGUGUUCUAAAGGCACAGAGAGACUGUUCCCCCACUCUCCAGGUGCUAGUUCCCUCUACAGCUCCCACUUCAGUCAAUUCAGCAGUGACACUGAGGAACUUCCUCUGCUCUCUCUGCCCCGUGCUGCAGGUGAGUGGGUGAGUGUGGAGGGCCGGUUCAGGGCUGUGUCCCUCACCUGUAUGUCCAGCUCCUGUCCUCGCAGUCCCCUGGGCCUGUCCCCCUCCGCACACCUGGCCGAUGGGACAGGUGACCUGAUCAUCGUACGGGACACACACCCCUUAGGGUUCCUUACCUUCCUACACAGACACACCAGCACACAGGACCAGUUUGACUUGCCGUUCGUGGACGUUCACCGAGUGAAGGCAGUACGCUUUUCUCUCCCUACCGGAGAAGAGGAGGACAGGGAUGAAGAGUGGGAGAGAGUGAAUGAUGGAGGGAUGACGGAGGAAGGAAAGAGACCAAGCCGAAGCGGUUCCCACAAGCACCUGGUAGAAAGAGGAGAGGAGCGAGGGCAGAAAGACUUCCUGUGUGGUUUGUGCUGCAGUAAGGCUCCGACAGUGUCUGUGUGGAACUGUGACGGAGAGAUACUGCCUCACACUGAGAUCUCCUGCAAGGUUCAUGGUCAGCUGGUGCGUCUGUAUGCCCGGGGCAUUGAGGACGGAUCAGCCACUCCCACCAGGAAGUGCCAAGACGGACACAGGAACUGCAAAGGGAGAUGUGUCCUCAACAACUGAGGAAGGCUGUGUUUAGGGUCCAUUCACACUACUUGUAGAGAAAAACACUAUGCCAGAGAUGACGACAUUAAUGAUUGGAAUAAAUGAUUUUGCCGGGUACGACCAAUGAAAUGGCUUCCUUUCUGUUUCCAGUGUGAAUAUUUCAAUACCUAAGUCUUAAGAUGGAGGUUUGAAUAUGAAGGCAGUUAUAGGAAUACUUGUUUCUACAUAAAAUGCCUUGAUGCCAGUAGCCUAUGACAUCUUCUAUGACGUCUUCUGUUAACAUGUUAUGUUCACUUCAGCAGUUUUUUUGCAGUUAUGAAAAUGUUGUACACACAACAAUUGAAAACCUAAUAAAUGUACACACCUUUUUACUCUGCAGAAUG